CUGGCGCGCAGGGCUCCGCCCCCGGUGCGCAGUGCGCAGGCGCGCGGGGAGGGCUUGAGAUGAGCGUACUACUCCCCAAUAUGGCGGACUUCGACACUAUCUAUGAGCUGGAGGAGGAGGAGGAGGAGGAGUCCGAGCCUGUGGUGCGGAGCCAGGAGCUGCCUCGGCCCCGCGACGCGCCGGAUCCCGUAGCGGUACGGGGUGCCGGCCACAUCACCGUGUUUGGCUUGAGCAACAAGUUUGAUACAGAAUUUCCUUCUGUUCUGACAGGGAAGGUUGCCCCAGAAGAAUUCAAGACCAGCAUCAGUCGCGUGAACGCCUGUUUGAGAAAGAACCUCCCCGUCAAUGUGAAGUGGCUGCUUUGCGGCUGUCUGUGUUGCUGCUGCACGCUGGGCUGUAGCCUGUGGCCUGUCGUCUGUCUUAACAAAAGAACUAGAAGAUCAAUUCAGAAGUUAUUAGAAUGGGAAAAUAACAGACUAUAUCAUAAGCUUGGUUUGCACUGGAAGCUGAGUAAGAGGAAAUGUGAAACUAGCAAUAUGAUGGAAUAUGUAAUAUUAAUAGAGUUCUUACCAAAAUAUCCCAUAUUUCGACCUGACUGAGGAACAGCAUUUGAUCGUUCAUGUUACCUGUCAUUUUCUACCCUUAGUGCCUUGUAGAUGAUUUUGGAAAGAAGAUGGUCUACUUUGCUGUGACUUAAAAAUGUUCUUCAGUAGAAUAUCUUCCUUGCUAUGUUACUUUCUUUUGUUAAUAAGAGAACAAUUUGCACAUUUUUUUAUGUUAAAUGAGGCUUCUAUGUUGCACUCUGAAUUUUUAACAUUAACUGAUAUAGUUGCCACUAGGGAUCUAACAUCAGUGCUGCUUAAACUUGUUCUGAGCAUGCUGCCUUAUUAAUUUCUAUGUUUGCUGUCCUCAAACAUGCAUCCUAAUGCCAUGUCAUACUAUAUUUCAUUCAAAACAUCGCAGCCCUAUAAACCCUCAAUAGAAAUGUCCAGGUAAGCAUCUAGUAGUAAUGACUUCAGUAUAACUUGCUUGCAUAGGACUUGCAAUCAACAGCACUGGUUUUGUCCUGCACUUUGCAAAAUCAUCAUUUACAGUAGGGGGUUAAUUAUUUUACCCACUAUGGAUUUGUAAAUAUUGACUCUUUGCAUAAUGUAAAGUGUGGUAUGCCAAGGUUUACAAACUGUAAUAUAGCUCUUAUUCUAUUGCCAACAGCCCAACAUCGUUUUAUUCAUUACAUUUGCUAGUAUCCCUCUGAUUGUAUAGACCCAUUCACAUGCUGGUUUUAUGGUAAAGCCAUAAUGAGUUUGUACAUGUUAUCAGAUGUGUAGGGCUCAGUUGCACUUUGUUUAGUAAAUGGAUGAAAAAUGCAUAGCAUUUCUGUCUUCUUUUUUUUUUAGUAUUUCAGGUGUUAUUUGUAGCAUCUGAAAUAGGAAGCUUAAAUACUGUUCACCUUUGAAAAAGUUGCGUUUGUGGGGUAGAUGGUGCCUGCUACUAGCAAAAUACCCUCAGGCCUCUUUUUAGUUCGGAAUAGAUGGAUGUCAAGUUUUGGUUUCUUUUUGAGUAAGGUAAAAAAAAAUGGUUCAUAAUUGGGGACGUUCAUUACUAAGGAGAAAAAUUUGGAACAGCCAAAUCAAAGCUGGAGUAACACUUUUUUUUUUUUUCUGUAGCGUGAUAGUAUUUAACAGUUAAGUGACACAGCGUCCUUUUCUAGUGGAAAUAAAUUUAAUCUAAAUCAGAGUAGUGUUUCAAAAUAUGCUGGCAGGAGGAAGUGGAUCAGUUGAAAGUGUUCAUGCUUAUUUUUUGGCGUUCAGGACCAGUCUGAAGAGCCACAAACUAUGGAAUUCUUAAGUAUUUUUGGAUUCUACCCUGUUUGUCUGAUCUCAAGAAGGGAAGUAACUGUAGAAAAACUUCCUGUAAUGGCUGGCCUAAGCAAGACCACUCAAUAAUAGUAAGCGAAUGAAAAUUGAUGCCAAGUUCCCUCCCUUUCCUAACUAGAAAUAAGAAAGCAGAGAAAAGACAGCAGAUGGCUGAGUAUCUGCAUGUUGUGAUGAAUAUCAUCAUAAACGUCCAGGCAUUUCUUUGCAGCAACUUGACUCCUUGUGACAUCAUCCCAAGUCACUUUUUAGUUUCAGGGUGACUUGAGAUUUCCUCUGAAUGUAUGUAUUUGCAUCUUUUCAGUAUGCAAUGUUGUAUUAAAAUAUAUUAGCUGUAAGACCAUUGCAUUCUACUAACUGUAGCAGGCCAGAUUUCUUGUACACAGUGUUUACAGCAGGCCAGUUUUAUGCGAGUUGUUACUUCGAAUUGUUUUGUGCUAUUCUUACUGUACAGCUGAGGAGUGUCAGACUCCAGCACUUGCAGUAGUUUCCGAUCACAGACCAAUGCUUCAGCUUCUGAAAUCUGUAUAUUUAGUGAAGAGGUUUGGUUUGAGUGGUAGAUUGGUGACAACUAACUGUGUAAUUGCAUUUGUAACAUAAUGAAUAAAAACCUACUGUGUUUGAAUUUAAUAUUAGCUACACCUUGCAACUUGGAAUUCUAUCACAGAACCGAGCAAAGUGUUCUCUCUAAUUUAUUUUUAUUUAGGAUGAGUGUUAACUGGAAGCAGAGAAAAUACUUAAUGGCAGGAAAAUGCAGUGUAAACCAAAACUGAAAUAGCAUACUCGAUUCUAUGUAUUUCCCCUACAAAUAAGUUUCUGGAGUAAAUGAAGGGAGCUUAGUCUAAUUAACAGGACAAUGGAAGUUUCUUACUGUUAGCCAGAACUUUAUUAGUUAUUUUCUUUUUGUGUCUGAGAAACUCAACAAUCUCAGCAGGUUCUUAUUUUCUUUUUCAUGUGACUAUAUUUUCAAAAUGUUCUUUUCCAACUGACAGACCGGGCAAGCCAAAUGUGAGUUGUAGUAGUUGCCAGCGGUGAAUGCUGAGCAGUCUUCAGUCCCACUGCCAACAAAAAUCCUCUUCACCCUGUGCUGACUUCAUCGUAUUCACUUCAGAGUUUUUCAGUCUGAUUUGUCUUGUUUCUGUGAAGUGCUGUGCCAAGCGGAGAUAAUACCCAGAGCUACAGGAGUCACCAGUCCUUGCUGUGAUGUGACCAGAGAUCUGAGGCUUUGCAUUCCCACCCUCGUCCCUUUGUCCCCUUUCCGUGGGCCUGGCCAUGUCCCCUGCCCCUGCAUCUCUCCCGCGCGCCACAAGGCACUUAAGCACAGAAUAUUAGUCUUUAAAGUUUACAUUUUACCUUGUCCAUAAUUAUUAAUUAUAUCGUCUUCAAACCAUGAAAGGGUCUCUUCUUUUUGUUUUAAUAGGCAUUUAAAUAUGUGGGCAUAAAGCAACUAGUAAAGAAUAUGAAAGCCAAAACUGCCUUUUACAGUAAGUUUCAUGUUUUAGUAAGUAGAUAAAUUUUCAUUAAAUUCAAAACCAGCACACAGUAUUAUAUUUGCAUCUGAAAGACACAAGUUCUAUAGCUCAUUUAAAGACGAAGGCAGCUAUAAGUACUGCUGUGAACUCUCUGCACUUGGGUCUACAGGUUCAUUUUUUCCCUGGACUAUCCUUUGCUUUAAUAUAAAAACAUUCAGCAGGUAAUUAUAUAUCCUGAGACUGAAAAUCUUGUUUUUUACAAUAAGACGUCAGCAUAAAUUGGUAAACCUGUUUAUGGAGAAUACUUGUUAAUUGGAGAAAGAGUUUGUAGCAAUAUAACAGAGAUUAAUGUCAGCAAAGUGUAGUGGAAGUGGUAAAGAAAGUGCCUUGACUGAUUCCAGCAAAAGGGAAAACAUUGUGCCGAGAGCAAGGAGAAAAGGGAACUAGGAACUAUCAGUAGUGUGCGUUUGCAGCAGAUUUUUAAAAGCAGUUACUGUCUACCAAAUCAAUGUUUAAUCUUUCAUAUAAACAUGUUGACAUUAACUUUCUAGUUUUUAUCUAGGAAACAUUUGGGUUUGUAUGUAGCAAGUUUUGUAUCUAAGGAGUAUUGAAGUAUUAAACAGCAUUAAAGCUCUUACCUACUGGUUCCCACCUGCAUCUGUGAAGUUUUACUAUAGGAGGAGGAAAAAAAUGAUGGGUUCCAAGUCAUGCACAGACAAGGCUAGGAAGUAUGGAUUCAGCUGUAGAAAACAGAAAACAUUUUUGCCAAAUCUGGUGUGGUCUUGAUAAAAACAGUUCAUGUGUUUUCCUUAAUAGAUACCAAACUCCAUAUGCAACAACACAAAUACAUGUUUAUUAUUGUCCCACCAUGACAGUUUACUGCAUUUACUCAUCAACACACUACCAUUGGAGCAAUAAAAAUCUCAAGCUAUUAGUAUUAAAUGUAAAUAAUUUCUCAUUUUAGUAAGUAAUGUUAUGUGAUUCUUCUGCCAUUUUUUUUUUGUUUUCUGCUUUUGGUGUUCUUAUGGUGUAACGUUACUUGUACUGCCUAAGAAAAAUGGUUUUGUUUAAGCUGUGUGAAACCUUGUGUUCUUAACAUUUUUAUUCUGUUUACAAGUGAACACCCACUUUUUUAAUAGGACCUCACAUCUUGAGAAUUUUCUCUUUUUUUUUAAUUAAAAUAAAAUUCUAACCGAGCUUGCUUUCUACAGUUUACUGUACUGGCUUGUGCCAUUAAAAGAAGCUGGAAGUCAGACAUGCUUGAUCACUUUGAGACAUUUUUCUUUAAUUAAAUUAAAAGAUGAAAACCUUUGAAA